AACAGCACAGAGCCAACUUUAGUACCAUCUGCAAAGUACCUGGACCUCUCCUGGGAGCAGAGCGCAUGUGACAAAAAGCUUUGUUUAUCUUAAAGACGUCACAGGGCGUCUCCACACAGGUGCGUGUCAGCUGAGCGGAGGGUGACAAUGGUUAAGCAGCAUCUCCCGUUAUGAAGGUCUAGUCUCUGGUGUUCUAAACAUGAUGAAGUUCAAGAUAGGCGAGUGCAUCUCGCUGUUCGUAAUCGCUCUCGUGUUUGACGUCGUCGGGUUUGUCCUUCUCCUCUUGGGCAUCUUCGGGAAUCUGCGCAUCAGCGGCCAAUUUUACGGCGACUUCUUGAUCUACACGGGCUCGAUCGUGAUCUUCAUCAGCAUCGCCUUCUGGCUCUGCUGGUACGUCGGCAACAUCAAGCUGGCCGAGGAGGACCUGGACUACGACGAAGGCGCCAACAGCUUCUCGAGGCUGGUCCGAAAGCUGUCGGAGAAGUUGAACCCCACGCUCAAACGUGACCCGCCCGCCAAGUUCCUCGAGGAUGGGGCAGACAACGGAGAGGAGAGCUUACCCCCUCGCAAGGCGUCCCGCGUGACGUGGGGCAAGUCGUCCGCUUACCAGAACGAAGGUUAUGACGCCUCGCUGGACUCGGAGUCCCCCGCGGAGGAGAAGGGGUCCGACACCGGGCUGUCAGACGAGACCAGCACCGCCACCACCACCACUACGGAUGACCCCUAGGCUCAUGAUGUCACACCCAUCCCCUGGAAGCCAACCCCUCUUCUUUGGCGGCUCAUGAGGUCUUGAGUUCUGAACCCUUUACGCUUUUUGUAGGGGGGAAAUGCGAGGACAUUCCAUCCAGAAAAUAAUAAUAGCCUAUAUAUUCUUUCUUUCACCAAAUGCUGCUUAUUUAUGUUUAUUAUUUAAAUAUUGAUUGUCUGUGUGUAGAGGGAGGUUGGACUGAUGUGUUCAUUGUUAUAUAAUGGCGGUGAAUCUGAGUGUGUGCAUGCGUGUGUGUAGCUAUGGGCGUGGAAAGGAAUAGUUAUACUAGGUCCAUGUUUGUUGUUUGAUUUGCUGCAGAGCAACAAGUUCACCGGUCCGACUGGUUUGUGUGUGUGUGUGUGUGUGUGUGUGUGUGUCCCCAGAAAACCUGACAAAAUGACACAGUCCACUAGAACCCUAGCUAUGGUUCUCAACCUAUGUGUACAUAUUUAAUUAAGAACCUGUUCCCUUUUUAUUUAAUGCAGCUCAACAAAAACACUCCCAAGCCUUACAGGAAAUUCUGUUAUUUACAAGAAAUCAACUUGCCUUGUGUAGAAAUCCGGUCUGAUAGAUUCACUGUAAAGCAGCACAUUAGUGGCUGGGUAUUCUGUGUCAUAUUGGAUGUUUCUAGAGCAAUUAGAAACCACUAGACAUUUCAAUUAGACAAUGACUGAAAUCCUCAUUACUGAGGAAGUACUACUUUUUCAUUUAACUGUAGGGUUGAUUACAAAUCUGAUAAUAUAAUAUAACUAAAUUUAGCGUUAUGGGCGAGGGAGAGAGAGACAUUCAGUUGGUUUAUUGACGGCAGAGAGGGAUAGACUUCCGACAGAGGGAUAUCUGAUUAUUUUACAUGUUUCGGUUAUUGCUUUUGUCAAAUAAUUUGUGAAAAAUCCAUAUUCAUGCUCCUUGAUGUUCUUGUUGUUCUUGUCAUGUUCUUAUACUUAAGCUCAGGCAUACCCAGCUCAUAGGAAGAGAGAGCCCGGACAUUGGUAGAUCAGGAGGACACUACAAAUCCUGACUCUCUCAGCCUAGAUGACAUGCAUGUUCUAUUAUCAGAUAUUGCAUCAACCAUACUACCAUAAUGUCUAAUAGAGUACAUGUAUUGUAUCAUCCAAAGUGCCUUGUCUUAUCUUAUCUGCCCUGAUGGCUCACAUGAGCUCAGCUGUAACCAACCCUAGCAGGUAUGUAGGUAGCAGAUUCUAUUUAAGUGUGUGGCACGGAAUGCUCGUUUCAUGCCCAUUCCGCCCAAUUACAGUUCAAAUGCCACCUGAUUGGCCUGACAAAACUGGUAGGGUCCACAUCCAUGCUCUCCUGUUCACCAAAGGUGUCAUAGGACAGACUGGAUACCAAGCUAGUUCUAUGCCAUCUUGGUCAUCAUGACGUCUCGAAUCUCUUGUUUGUUUUAUCUUCUCUCUUAAGGACAACUUUGUUAUUACAGCGUGAGUGUCUGUAUGUGGUGUCAAGGUGUCACUUGAUCUCUGAUCAAGGGUUUCUAUUCAGGGAAGACUUAGAACCAGUCAAUCAGCCCUAUGGAGGAAUCUGGAUGGACUGCGUCAAGUCGCAGUCACCGGCCCUUUUGUUAGUCAAAUGCCAUGAGACAGGUCGUCCUGCAAAUGAUGCUAUGUAAGAAAUGUAAAAGGCGUGCUGUAGGGGAAGUGGGUGGUGGGUAACAAAAAAGCCAUUUAUCUGACGAAGCUCUCCUCGGACACCUCAGAACAUCCUACCGUCCCGUGCAGAGAGCACAUCCCUACCCGCCCCGCGAUGGACUGUUGUCGUAAAAAGAACCCUAACGAGCGCUGCGCCCUGUUCCUGGUGCUAGCGUUGAUCUUAGACCUGGUCGGCCUCGGCCUCCUACUGGCUGGGAUCUUUGCACCCAUCAGCUUUUGGGACUUCUUCAUCCUGUCAGGGCCGCUCCUCAUCUUCUUCAGCCUGAUCUUCUGGAUCUUCUGGUAUAUGGGGGGCCUCACAGUGCCUUACGAAGAUCUCCUGCCAAAGUGACCGGAUAUGGAAGGGAUCUGGAGAUCUUGUGUCUGCGGCGGACUGCUCAGAGGUCCAUGGCUUCGGGUCCCGUGGAGGUGGACUGGACCGCCUCCCACCUGUCUGUGGGAGACGGUUGGAGACUGGAGAUGCUGAUGUUCUGGGGCUCUGGAGGCUUUGGUUGUUCCCAUGAAGGAUGUACAGGAUGGGUGUCCGUCACAUGUGGACUGGACAGGAUGGGUUUAACAGGCAGGAGCACCGUUUUAAUAUUGGAAUUGGAACUUGACGACAACAUAACACCACGUUGGAUGUCGACAACGCAGACUCCCGGGACUUUACUUUGAAGUGGAAUAUUUCUGAUUUAAUUUAAGCACUUUAAUAGAUAAUGCCUUAUUUGUCUGUUUAUUGUCUGGUUUCUAGUUUUGUGUUUGGUGUAAGUAUGUUAUGUCACGCUGCAACUAAAGCAUUAAAAAAACACUGAAAAAUGUUGAAAGACUGGAAGAGCCUAUAGUCCUGUGUUUGUUUAUAGCGUUGCAUAUAGUGUAGCGUUGUGGCUUUAGGCCUACUGGAAACCAACCCAACAGGCUCCACUGGUUUGUAUCCACCUCAGAUCCUUCCUGUAGUUCCAACUGCUAAUUAUCAACCACCUCCUCAUCACAAAGGAAAGACUGCACCCAAAACCAUUUCAGCCAACUGGAAAUGUACAGCCAGCAUUAUGUCUAACCCUAUUACCAUCGAGCCAGGGCUGGCUCCAGCCUUCUAUCAUGUUGAACAUUUGGGCCUGUUCCAUCUCUGUCAGCCAGUCCGUCAGCCAGUGGGUAGUCAGUUAGUCUGUCCAGUCUGUUGUUCAGUCAGUCACUCUGUCGUAAGGCCAGCUAGUGUCUGAUUACAGUUCCACACCCAUCGCU